UUAAAAUUAACUAUUUAGUAGAAUGUGCAUUUGUUCCACGCUGGGACUCAAAAUCGGACUUUUGAUUUUAAUACCUAUUACCGCAGGAUUUAAUGCUGUUCAAGUAGCAAAAGACAUUACUAUCUGGAAUGAGGUGAAGGGCUCGAACCAGGUUAUUUUAAUUAUAAGCCUAGCCAUGUCUAUAGUCAUAAUGGUUGCUCUUAUUCCCCUAAUGUAUGCGACCAUCCGAAAAAUUGUGCUGAUUAUAUAUGUUGUGCUUCAUUUUUUUAUACUUUACGUGUUGGCCAAACUGAUCAUCCUUCUUGUGAAUGUAUCUAUUGAUAACCCCGAUAAGACAGCAGCUCAUUCCUGGUUCAUUGCAUGCUGGUUUAUAUCGGUAUUUUCUAUGCAUGGCCUUGAUAAUAUUGUACUACAUCCGGCUUCAUGACCUGUCCAUCGACGAAGAUUUUGAGAACUAAAUUUUGACUUUUAGUUCUGAUUUAAAGGGUACAGGGACGUAUCAUUUUUCAUUACAUUAAGUCCACCUAAAUCUGGGUUUUAAUCGUCACAUCUGGGAUUGCAAAGUCAUCAGAGAUAAGUUACUGUGGAAAAUAGUUAUUUUGCUAGUUAGCAACAGCAUUUGGACAUACGGAAAUGGUUUAGCAAGUCUCGAACUAAAGAAUUAUUUCUUGCUAUUGAAACUUCAUGUGAAUCGAAUAAAAUGUGUUUGAUUUAAAAGUCGUUAUACCUGCGGAUGCAGUGUCAUUCUAGGUAAUCACACUGUUACAGAGAUUUGUUUUUAGAUAAUUCGGAUCAGUAUGGCGGAUUCACGAAGGUCGUCAAUGUUUCGUAGGCAGUGUCGCGACUUCAAGCUGAAGAUCUGCCGAUACGUAAUCUACCUCCUCUGGGUUGUCAAUUUUCAGAUUUUCACCAUCGUGGAUAUUUAUGUAUAUUAUAUCAGACUGACGGAGCACAUGGGCUGCUGGAUGUGUUUGUUUAGGACCUAUAUGUUUAUAGCGAUGUUCCUGUCCAUUGCAAUUAUUCCACUGCUGAUUGUGGCCCUACCCUUGGUCGUUAGUGAGUUAUCCGGCGGAUUGCGCAUUUACGUAACGAUUUUCUUCUUGGCCACAUGGUUGCAGAUGAUGUUGACUAUUUUGUUAUCACAGAAAUACCAAGCCAUAACCGAUGUACUUCGAUUAUGGAUGAACAAUAAAAGCCUGGAGUUCUUCGAAGUUCAUUCCAAGUGUUGCGGCCUGAUUGGACCCGACGACUACAUGCUGCUUGAGAAGAUGAUACCCCUAUCCUGCUACAAGGAUCGUAGUGGAAGUCCUGAAGACCUGUACAAAGCUGGUUGCUCCACCCGCUCCGUAAAGCCACCAAUUGUGCCGAUCAUUCAGGUGAUCUCUGUACUAAUUCAGUACGGAUUAGUCCUGGUCCUGGUGGUGUACCUAGUUAUCCUGAAAAGGAGCCAGAUCCGACGUCGCACUCUGUGGUCCGUGCGUCCCACCGCAGUCUAUAGUGAUGAAAGUGAUAUAAGUGCGGAUUAAAAUUCCAUACGGAGCUGGGGAGUAAUCCGAUAGAGACGAAAGUAAGUGGACUUUAGUGUUACUUCCCAGCUAUGUCUGGGGGCUUAAGCAGCAGACUUUCAUGUGGGAUUGAAAUUCGGAUUCGGUUUGCAUUUCACCCCGCCCUGGGAAUGGGUAUUGGCAUUGACGUGCUAGACAAAUUGGAUGCUGCUGGCCAUCGUCAUAUUUCACGGACUGCAAUCAAUAACGAUAAACACUUGAGUCGCAAAUCCAAUGUCCAGAAUCCCAGUCCGCAUGGCAUGCAUAUGGAUGAGCCAAUAAAGAAAUCAACAAAGCAUGUCGGGCAAUUGAAAAAGUAUUGCAAAUGCCGGGACAGCCGGAGAUUCGGACACGGAAUUGGACUCCAAUCCGGACAAUAUGCAAAUGCAGUUAAGCAGAAUGUAUUCAAGGACGAUACAAAUCCACCACCCAUCCGCCGGAGUUUAUUUUCUUUUUAUGUCCCUCGCUCCGCGCAUAAAUUUUAUUGUUGUCAACAUUAAAUUCUAGCCGUGGAAAACAA